UCAAGUGUUGGCCACACAAAUGCUUAAGCAUUUUAUAGUGGUUGCUCACGUUGGUUCAAACAUUGGUGCUUAUUGCUGGGGGUGCUCAACAUGCUCUUGGGGUUGGAAACCAUGUUCGUCAGCCACGAAGUUGACGGUGUAGACGAGGCCGUCGGUACCGACGUACUUGUAGCUGCCACUCACUUCAAGGGCCUGGUGGUUCUCUCCGACUUGCUUCAAGGUACCCUUCUCCUGGCGAGCUGUGCCGUCACUGGUCUCAAAGUCGAAAGUGUAACCAUCAGGGGUGAUGUCAGAAUCCUGCUUCAGGAUGUAGACGGGGUGUUCCGCUGGGUUGCCCUGUUGCGGGGCGGCGGCGGCCAUAGCGAACAUGGCAAGGGCGAUAAGUACGAUCUUCUGCAUGUUGAAGUUGUAAGGGUUGUUUUGGAGUAGGUGAAUGCGGCUGAAAGCAGCU